AUGGUUCAGGAUUCGGAAAAUCAAAUUCUCAGAAAUAACUCACCUGCUAAAAAUGUGCAUUAUAUUUCAAUUCCAGUGAAUAGAAACCCGGGAUAUGGAUCUCCUGACGGAUCUGAACCAACAAGUAUGCACCAUAGGAGGCAGUCAAUUUUAGAUCAACCGCUGGGUUCCUUCAGAGGAGUUAAUUCCUUGGGGAGGUUUGCAACUUCUUUUCAAAGAGCAAAUUCUUUCAUGAACAUUGAAGUUAAUCACGAUAAAGAAAGAACGUAUUUCAAAGAUGGUCAUGAUGCUCUUUUUGACCCCAACACGCUCGGUCCAGCAACCGAUGGGAGAAGAUUGUCUGUUGCAUUGACAACUAAUGGUGGUGUUUCUGUAAGACCUUCAAUUAAUGAUUUAUAUGGUUCUAUGGGGGGGAGAUUUGACAAUGAGGCAUAUGACGAAGAUGAUACUUCUGCUGUCAGAAGUGUAUUAUCAAAUGACCAGCAAUCUUGGAGGCAUCCAAACUUGUCUUUUCAAGAUUUCAAUAAUGCCACCAAUCCAGAGACUCACUCUAUCAUAAUCAAGCAAGUUGAAAGGAAGGACGGUAAAGUUGUCAAUGUGUUGGCGGGCCAAUCUACUGCACCUCAGACGAUUUUUAACUCGAUAAAUGUUCUUAUUGGAAUAGGUCUUUUUGCCUUACCUCUAGGACUAAGAUAUGCUGGAUGGAUUGUAGGCCUACCCCUACUCGUGAUCUUUGCUUUUGGUACUUUUUGCAGUGCAGAACUACUUUCACGUUGUUUGGACACCGAUCCCACAAUGAUAUCAUACGGUGACCUGGGUUAUGCAGCCUUUGGAUCGAAGGGCCGUGCUCUAGUAUCUUUCCUCUUCACACUGGAUCUGAUGGGCUCUGGAGUCGCCCUGAUUAUCUUAUUUGGAGAUUCUUUGAAUGCAUUAUUCCCUGAAUACUCGGUUACAUUUUUCAAAAUCAUCGCCUUUUUUGUAGUGACGCCACAGAAUUUUAUUCCUCUGAAUGUGCUUUCAAAUAUUUCUUUGUUAGGGAUAAUGUCUACUAUCGGCACGGUUUUCUGUGUUGCCUUUUGUGGUUUAUAUAAAGCCAGCUCUCCAGGGUCACUUCUACAACCGGAGCGCACAGAAUUAUGGCCAACCUCUUUUAAUGACUUUUGCUUGUCCAUUGGCCUAUUGAGUGCUUGUUGGGGUGGGCACGCAAUUUUCCCAAACUUGAAGAGUGACAUGAGACAUCCAAACAAAUUUAAGGACUGUUUGAAGACAACAUAUACCAUAACUGCGAUUACAGACAUCGGAAUCGCUGUCGUUGGGUUUUUGAUGUUUGGUAUGAUUGUCAAGGAUGAGGUUACUAGAAGUGUUAUGCUUACAGAUGGAUAUCCAGGAUUUGUGUAUGUCUUGAUAUCUGCACUCAUGGCUAUUAUUCCGAUUGCCAAAACUCCUCUCAAUGCACGACCAAUUGCAGCCGUGUUGGAUGUCUUGAUGGGUGUUCCAGCAACAACGUUAGAACUUGAAGGAAGCAAAUUACAUAUUACUCGUGCGUUGAAAGUCUUCAACAGGAUAUUGGUAAAUGUGGUUUUUGUUCUUAUCGCGAUUAGAUUCCCUGCAUUUGAUAAGUUCAUUGCAUUCCUUGGCGCUGGUCUUUGCUUCGCCAUCUGUCUGAUUUUACCAUGCUUGUUUUAUAUGAAGAUAUGCUCUUCGACUGUAAAGAGAUGGGAGAAGAUCAUUUGUUGGAUCACUAUCUUUAUCAGCAUUAUAUUAUCGGCUCUUGGAAUUGGCGCCGCGAUCAUAUCAUGA